AUGAUGGAGCUAAUAUGGGUGAACUCGGCAUUAUCGACACAGGCUCUGCGGUUCCUCUGUAUGGAUAUACGCGCAGUCUUAAAGGGUAACACAGUUGUUUGUGCCGGUGGUAACUCUGGCCCUGAGGCUGAGGCUGAGGCUGAGACUGUGACAAACACGGCUCCUUGGAUCGGGACUAAUAUACUUGUCUACAAUACGGUCCAGUGGAGCGACUGUUGUGAAGAUACAACCUUCUACAACACUUGUUGGACAACUAGUUGGUACAAAGGUGGCAACUUUCUCAUCAAGCCGGAUAUAGAAGCAUCAGGAGUGAGCAUAUUGGCGGCUACAACCACGAAUAUCACUUUCAAUGACCGCAGAUUCAUUUCAGGAGUUGUUGCUUUUCUCAAAUCUUUGCACCGUAAUUGGUCUCCUGCUGCUAUUAGAUCAGCCAUUCUUCCAUUUGGAGAGCAGAUAUUUGCACAAGGGUCACCUCGCAAGCUAGCUGAUCCGUUCGACUAUGGUGGAGGCGUUGUGAAAGAGGCAAAACUAGGAACCGUCUGUAUGAAUCCCAAACCAUCCGUUCUUGAUUUCAUCUUGCCUUCCAUCACAAUCCCAAACCUCAAAGAAGAAGUCACUCUCACCAGAACCCUCACUAACGUUGGACCGCUCAACUCUGUCUACAAAAUAGUGGUUGAGCCACCAUUGGGCGUCCAAGUGACCGUGACGCCGAAGAAAACUAGUGUUUCAAUUCAAGGACCAAAAGGGUCUCUUUCAAAGUGA